GAUGCCGGCGACCGCAAGGUGGCGCCGCCGGCGCACGAGAAGAGCGACUCGAUCGCUUCAAUCUCUACGGGCGGGGUCGACAUCUGCCGCAUCUGCCACUGCGAGGGCGACGCGGAACUGCCGCUGAUCGGGCCGUGCCACUGCGCGGGUACGCUGCGCUGGGUGCACCAGGCCUGCCUGCAGCAGUGGAUCAAGAGCUCGGACACGCGCAGCUGCGAGCUGUGCAAGUUCAACUUCGUCAUGCAGACGAAGAUCAAGCCGUUCAAGACGUGGGAGAAGCUUGACAUGUCCCCCGUGGAGCGGCGUAAGGUGCUGUGCCAGCCGUCAGCUGUCCACAUCGUCGCGAUCACCUGCGUCGUCUGGUCUCUCUACGUCCUCAUCGACCGCACGACCGAGGAGAUCCGCUCCGGUGUGCUCAAGUGGCCGUUCUGGACGAAGCUCAUCGUCGUGGCGAUUGGCUUCACGGGCGGACUCGUCUUCAUGUACGUCCAGUGCAAGAUGUACGGCGCGCUGUGCCGCCGCUGGCGCGCCUACAACCGCGUUAUUUGCGUUCAGAACUUCCCCAACGACGAGCGGAGAAAGCAGCAGCUGCUGCGCGAGAUCGAGUUGUUGUAG